AUGAUAACACACACUACAAUGAAGAAAACGCAGCUUGGCUCACGUGAUUUACUUGCUACCGGUGGUGGUUGUCCUGUAGAAGUUUUUUGUCGUUUACGACCACCAAAAGAUAAUAAUACUGAUCAACAGACAGAUAAUUCAUCAUCAUGCAUUAAAGUUGCAAGUUCCAAAGAACUUAUUCUCUAUUCGUCCGAGAAUGCUAAAAAUGGACAAAUCAGAGAAUCUCGUUAUGAAUUUAGUCAUAUUCUUACAGAUAAUAUUUGUCAAUCAGCUGCUUUCAAAGAAUUAGCUUUACCUUUACUUGAAGAUCUGAUUCUAGGAAAAAGCAGUGUAUUAUUUACAUAUGGAAUAACAGGUUCUGGAAAAACUUAUACAAUGAUGGGUCCAUUAAAUAAUCCUGGUUUAAUUCCACGUUCAUUUGAUGUUAUUUUUAAUUCAGUUGGACCAUAUCUUGGAAAAAAAUAUCUUCUUCGUUCUGAUCGACAAAAUAGUUAUGAAAUUCAAAGUGAAUCUGAUAUUUUACUUGAACGACAACGUAAAGAACUACAAAUGGCGAGAAAUGGUAACAAUCCACGUAUCAAAGUACCUGAAUUAUCCAAUGCUCGUACAUUGGAUACAACAUCAUUAUGGAAUCCACAAUUGAACGAAAAUUGUUCAUAUUUUCUCUUUGUUACGUUUGUUGAAAUAUAUAAUAAUUAUAUUUAUGAUUUAUUUGAUGAUGAUAUUCUUAAUAAAGCACCACAAUCAAAACAAUUACGUGAAGAUAAUCGUGGUCGACCAUAUAUAAAAGAUGUUAAAGAAAUUGAAGUACGUACAAGUGAAGAAGCUAUUGAUUUACUUAAUAUGGGUUUAAAACGACGUCGUAUUGCUCAUACACAACUAAAUACUGAAUCAAGUCGUUCACAUAGUGUUCUAUCAAUGCGUCUUGUUCGAUUUCAUAAUGAUAUUCCACCAACAUCACUUACAAAAGAUGAUUUGACAAUAAGUACUAUUCAUUUAGUUGAUUUAGCUGGUAGUGAACGUGUUAAUCGAGCUAAAACAGUUGGUGAACGAGUCAAAGAAGCAAGUAAUAUUAAUUCAUCAUUAAUGGUUCUUCGGCAAUGUUUUGAAAUAUUACGUGAAAAUCAAGCACAAGGUACAAGCAAGAUGGUGCCGUAUCGUGAAUCAAAAUUAACAUCUUUUUUCAAGAGUUAUUUUGAUGGUGAAGGUCGAAUACGAAUGAUACUUUGUGUUAAUCCAACUGUUGAUGGAUAUGAAGAAAUUCAGCAUGCACUUAAAUUCGGUGAAUUAACGAAAGAUGUUAUGGUGCCACGUUCUUUACCGCCUCCUCCACCACCUCCACCAGUUCCACCAAAAACAACUCGUAUUGCUGUUUUACGAGAAACUGAUAAUCAACAGCAACAAAAUGCACAAGCAGUACUUUUUACUGAAUUCAAUGCUCAAGCAUUAAUUGCUCCAUUUCCACCACUUGAAUAUUCUUUACUGGAUGGAGCUGGUGAUGAUGAAGCUAUUUUAAUUCUUCAAGAACAUUUACGACGACGUAUAGAAGAACGACAACGAUUAAAUAUGCUUAUUCAAGAACAACAUGAUUUUUUACGUAAAUUUACACUUGAAUUAGUAUCUGAUUAUGAAUCAACCAUGUCGAAUCAUGAUGAUUUAUCAAAAGAAAAUGAACAACAAACAAAAACAAUUCGUCACUUGCAAACCCGAAUUAAAGUAUUAGAAAAAUCUCAAAAUGAUUUAUAUAAAACAACAAGUCAAAUUGACCGUGACAAUAAAACACUUAAAACACAAAUUGAAGAACGAAAUAAUGAAAUCAAAUCAUUAAAAUCCGAACGACGAAAAGAUAAAAAUGAUUUUGAAAAUAAAAUGAAAAUAAAAUUAAAUGAAAUUGAACAACAAUAUAUUAAUGAAAUAAAAAAUAAAGAAAAUCAAAUGCAUGAACUUGAACGACAGCAUGAUGAUAGAUUAAAUAUCAUUCGAUCAAUGGCUGCAAGUAAUACCAUUACAAGUGAACAAUUUUUAAUUCCAAUUAAUUCAGCAUCAUCACAUGUUAAUCUUGAGAAUCCGACUGAAAAUGUUUAUCAAAAUCAACAACAACAGCAACAAUAUCAUCGUGUUGAAAUGAUAAUAUCUCAUAAUAAUAAUAAUACACCAACAUUAAAUUCAACAUCUCGUCGUCGUCCUCAUACUCCACAUACACCUAAUACUGAACCAAUGCAUAUUGAAAAUGGAAGUGGACAUAUAGUUGUUGCUCAUCCAAGACAACAACAUCGUAGGUCACGUUCAUUAAGUGAAAUUUGGCUUGAACAUCGACCACAAGGAACAGUUCAAACAGAGACUCUUCUUCAACCAAAAUUUCAUAAGAAAGUUUGUACUCAACAAGUACCAGCUAAAGAAGAAAUAGUUCGAACAACAAAAUAUGUUUUAACACAUCAAAAUCUUGAUGCACAAGGCGAAAUUGUUACUGAUUUUGUUAAAGGUGAUGUUCUUCCAUCAAGUACGGGCGGUGUUAAUGUUAUUUUUAAUGAUGUUGAACGAUUAACAUGUACAUCACCACCAGACCCGUUAAUGUUACAUAAACGAUGUCAAAGUGAAGAACGAAUUCUUCAAGAUACAAGUACACAAUCACCCUCGUCCCGCCAGGGUCCAGCAGUAGCACCUAAACGAUUUCGCAUGUAA